GCAGCAGAGAUUAUCCAAUCAGAGGGCUUCUGCGCAGAAUUGUCGUUUUUUUCUCCUGCCGGUUCUAGAAAACCAACCACGAGUUGCCGUCGUGUGGGAGAAUCCAUCUUGAAGAGAGCUCUCCGGUUGUGUGACUAGUAUAAUUGUGCAAAAUGUCUGAGUCAGAGCAACAGUACAUGGAAACAUCGGAAAACGGCCACGAAGUCGACGAUGAUUUUAACGGAGCCGGCCUCACUGAGGAGGGGAAUGACGACGACGGCGCCACCGCGAAUGACUGCGGAGAGGACGCAGGGCCCGAGGAAGACGACAAUUCGCAAAACGGCGGCACGGAGGGAGGCCAGAUCGACGCCAGCAAGGGCGAGGAGGAUGCCGGGAAAAUGUUCGUUGGAGGUCUCAGCUGGGACACAAGCAAGAAGGAUCUUAAAGACUACUUCUCUAAAUUUGGCGAGGUGACAGACUGCACCAUCAAGAUGGACCAGCAGACAGGCCGGUCAAGAGGCUUUGGUUUCAUUCUGUUUAAAGAUGCAGCCAGCGUAGAAAAGGUUCUUGAACAGAAGGAGCACAGGCUAGAUGGGAGACAGAUUGACCCCAAGAAAGCCAUGGCCAUGAAGAAGGAUCCAGUAAAGAAAAUCUUUGUGGGCGGACUCAACCCUGAUACUUCAAAGGAAGUCAUUGAGGAGUACUUUGGGACCUUUGGAGAGAUUGAGACCAUAGAGCUUCCACAGGACCCAAAGACAGAGAAGAGGAGGGGAUUCGUAUUCAUCACGUACAAGGAAGAGGCUCCCGUGAAGAAAGUCAUGGAGAAGAAGUACCACAAUGUUGGUGGUAGCAAGUGUGAAAUUAAAAUCGCGCAGCCCAAAGAGGUCUACCUGCAGCAGCAGUAUGGUGCCCGUGGAUAUGGCGGACGUGGGCGAGGACGUGGAGGCCAGGGCCAGAACUGGAAUCAAGGCUACAACAACUACUGGAACCAGGGAUACAACCAGGGCUAUGGUUAUGGACAGCAAGGCUACGGAUAUGGUGGCUAUGGUGGCUAUGACUACUCUGCUGGUUAUUACGGCUAUGGGGGUGGCUACGAUUACAACCAGGGCAAUACAAGCUAUGGGAAAACUCCAAGACGUGGAGGCCACCAGAGUAGCUACAAGCCAUACUGAUCACACAUAGUGCAGGUCUAAAGUAAAUAAGAAAAAGAGAUCCAUGGUCUGACAACAACGAACAUGGGCUCUGGCUUUUCCUUUGGAGUUGGCAGAAAAUUUGGACUCAUGCUCCAUUUGUACAGAUCAAGUGAGGAACUGGGGAAGCAAAUGUCACUUUUCCAUUUUUUAUUUUAUAUUGUUUUUUGUGUCCAUUUACAUUUCCAGUGAUGGAAGUGUUAUUUUUACUGUACUUUUUGGUACCUUUUUGAAUCUAAUGUAUUGUAUGGUUGUAUUUUUACAUGUCUACUGGAUUUACAGAUGAGCAAGAGCUUUUAAAGCUCGCAAAUAAAACAAUUUUGCUUUUUUUGUUUUGUUUUGUUUUGUUUUUUGUUUCCUCAUUUUGUUUUGGUGUUUAUAGAUUUUGUUAUAUUCUCCCAUGCUGAGUUUUGGAUGUGAGUUGCAUGGCUUCAGAUGUGGGGUGAGGUUAAAAAAAAAAAAAAAAAAAGGGAUUUAAACUAAUCAAAGGAUUCUUUGUAAGAGUGUCAAAUAAAUAUUUGCAGAAGGCCUUGUAGACAAAGACAACCAGCAAUUUGUUUUUUGUUUUUUUUUGUUAUUUUGGCUUUUAAGGAGAUUCUUCCCCCAUCAUGUCUGCAAUUUUUAAGUGGCUUUACUAGUGUUAUUCAACUGAACGCAAGCCUGUUAAAUGUAAGAGGGUAUUCCCUCUCUCACUGGAAAUUCAUUCCUCUAGUGUCUUUGGCAAAUUGGUAGAAAUAAACUUUUGGUUUAUAUUACACAUGGAUCUUUCUGUUAUUAUUUGUAAAGUUAACGUUAAAUGUUUUUGUACUGUUAACUGGCUUGCUUGUUUUGUCUCAAGUAAUGUUAACAUCUCCACGGGAAGCUGUGGGAGAGGGCUUCACUACUUGCAGGAUAACUUGCUGAGUGUAAUACCCACCCCACUAGAUGUUAAACUGCAAUACUUGAGCAUUUUUUGUGAAUGUGUCCGGGAGUUAUAGUUAUCUGGUAAGUGCUUAACUCUAAUAUGCUGUGUAUUAAGAACAUGUUGCCAAUCAGUGUUAAGUCACAGCUGAUUAUGUGAACUGCUGUCAGCAGAAAAACAAUACAAGAACCAGGAUUACAGUAAA